AUGGCGGAUGAAGCCGCACCGUUCCCCGCGCCACUCUGCACUUCCCCCUCCGCCAUCCCCGGGCUCGUCCAUUCCGACUCACCCCCCCCUUCCGCUGUGCCGACUGUUAGGACUUCCGCGCGGAAGAUGUCCGCCAGCGAGCGUGGCGGAAUGGCGGAGGCGUUGGGGGAGGCGUUGAAGCACACCGCGCCGGAGCCGAUGAGGGCGUUCUGGAUUCUCGUAGCCGAAUUUGUCCCCAUGGUGGUCUGCAAAUGCCGUAAGGCCACCAAGUUAUACUGCUUCGUACACAAGACGCCCGUGUGCUUCGACUGCAUAUGCGCUCCCGACCACCAGCACUGCGUGGUAUGGCAAUACUCGGACUGGGUGAACGACGGCGACUACGACUGGCCGCCGCACUGCGCGGUGUGCAGCGAGUCCCUCGAGGACUCCGACAAGCCCACCAUCCGCCUCUCCUGCCUCCACGUGCCCCAUGCGGAGUGUGUGAAGAAGCAUGUGGAGUCCUUUCCACCCAACACCGCCCCAGCGGGCUUCACAUGUGCCUCCCCUGGUUGUGGCCUUGAGAUAUGGCCAGCCAGGUCGCACAAGGACUCUGCGUCUGCUCUCUACACGCACCUCAGAGCGCUCCUGGCUCAGACAUCUGUAGCUGACGUCAUCCUCAGCGCGCCAGUCACAUCCGACCCAGCAGCAGCAUCCGCCCAAGCCACAGCACUAUCAGACAAACCCACGCCACCCGCAUUCGCCUCCGCCCUCUUGCCGUGGUGGGGCGGGCGGCAGACUUCAGCCUCCGGCCCUCUUGCCGUGGUGGGGCGGGCGGCAGACUCCGCCAGUGCAGGGGCAGAGGGGGAGGCUCGGGGGGGAGCAGGCGGGGCAGUGGAGGAGAGGAACGGCGGGGAGGGGGAGGGCAGUGGGGCAGGGUCGUCAGGAGUAGCAGCAGCGGCUGUGGCGGCUGCAGCGGCGGCGGCGGCGGCUGCGGCUUCAGCUGGGGCUAAGCGCCAACCACAGCAGCAGGGCGGGGUGAACAUCGCUCGCAGCCGAACGGGCGGCUCAGAUCGCACGGCGGUGGACAUCACAGAGGAGAUCGAGACGGCUUACCGCACGGAUGAGGAAGCGGGCGACCGCAAAUACGCCAGACGAGGCCCGGCGCAUCUGCAGCUGCUGAGGGUGCUGGGGUCGUGGUGGUCACCGGCGCUGCACGCACUGCCAGUGACGCUCACGACCACGCACUCGCACCGCAGGGACAAGGACGAGCACGUGCCUGUGGGCGCGCACGAGGAGGGCAGGCGGAGAGCGGGGCAGCGGCGCAGCGGGGGUGUGGACCCCAGGAAGCUGCUGCUCAUCGUGGCCAUUGUAUCAUGCAUGGCAACAAUGCUGCUGCUGUAUUACCGCCUUGCUCAGGGAGCCAUGUCCGAAGGCGCAUCUACACUUCCUUAG